CAGUUAUUGAAAAAUGGGGUUUGGAAGUGAAACGAAGUGACGGUUAAAUUCAGAUUUUCUGCCUAAAGGUUACAGAUUCAGAAAUUAUUAUGAAGUUGGUAAUUUUUUGCGAAGAUUUAAACAUUGGUGUGUUUUUAAAAUAACAAAGCGACUAAACGAACAACAGGACGUGGAAUACAUAGAUUAUUAUAGAUGUUUAUUCAUUUUCGGCGCCGAGCAAAGAUCUUUCAGUUCGAAGCGGUUGGACAGCGGAGUGGAGCGUCUUGUCAAUAAACUAUCUUGAAGCUAGCUGAGGAGCUACGGCUAACCGCAGGCAGCGGACCCGGGCAGCUGAGCUCCUGAUCCGGGAUGAUGCCAGGCGACAACAUGACUUCCAUCGUCCAGAGAAUAGCCCGCCAGGCUCUGCUCACCUUCAGGAACCCGCCGGGACUCGGGGAGGAGAGCGGAAAGACCUUCGUGGAGAACCACGGUAAGCUGAAGAGCCUGAUGACGGAAGUCCGAGCGGCGGACCUGAAGCUCGUCCCGCGGAGAGCCGAGGACAGCGCGCCGCGGCCGAACCCGUACCACCACGGAGUGCCGCCGGUCACCUACAUGCACAUCUGCGCGACGGACCAGUUCAGCAUGGGGGUAUUCCUGCUGAAGAGCGGCGCCUCCAUCCCGCUGCACGACCACCCGGGCAUGCACGGCGUGCUCAAAGUCCUCUACGGGAAGGUCAGGAUCAGCUGCUUCGACCGGCUGGAGCGGCACGGCGGCGGGACGGCGCCGCCGCCGCUGUCCCCGGCGCAGAUGGGCGCUCUGCGGCGCUCCGUGCUGCGCUCCUCCGCCGAAUACACCGAGGAGAGCGGGCCCUGCGUCCUCUCCCCGGACCGGGACAACCUUCACCAGAUCGACGCGGUGGACGGGCCGACGGCGUUCAUGGAUAUUCUGGCCCCGCCGUACGACCCGGACGACGGCAGGGACUGCCACUACUACCAGGUUCUGACCAGUUCGGAACCGAACUCCGCGGACGGCAAAGAGAAGGAAGUGUGGCUCAUGGAGGUCUCCCAGCCGCCCCACUUCUGGUGCGGAGGGGAGCCGUACCCCGGCCCGGAGGUCCACCUGUGAUCCGCCCGGACCGGACCGGGUCAAAUGGACCUGCGCCCGGUCCGAACCGGGCCACACUCGUUCCACUUCAGAAUAAAGCUCCCCUUACAGACAA